AUGGCUAGUGAAGAGAGUUUUGUUGUUCUGGUUCACCACAGAGGAUCCAUUAAGAGGAAAACUCGUUCGGGAGUGAAGUUCACAGAUAAGGAUCCUCUCUGUAUUGUCGUGAAUCUAACGAUAAGGUGUGAUGAACUUGUUAGAUCUGUCCUGAUGAAACUUGGCCUGGAAGGUGCGAAGCGGGUUAAGAAGUUUUUCUAUCGCAUUCCAGUCUCGAUCCUGCAUGAUACGGUGAAGUAUGAUUGUCUGACGAUUGGUAGUGAUGAGGACCUGCAAGUCAUGUUUCUUUGUCGGAGGCAGUUUCCGGAGGUGAGGACACCAGAAUUGCUCGCAAAGCUGGUUGAUGUGGUAUCCAGCUCAGGGGGUUCGAAUCGGAAUACCACCAAUGUAGCCACGGCAGCUGGUUCCAGUUCCUGGGCUGCCGUGGCUUCUUCCUCCGUCCCAGUGUACGAGCCAGCGGUCCAACUUGUCGCCUCCCCGUCUUUUGCUGUUGAUCUGAAUGACGGUGUAGGCGACGAGGUAGGAUCCGUUGAUAUUAUGCCGAACGCCUUACAGGGCGUUCCACCAGUUGGCGUCGGAGACGGAGUCUUGGGUGAUGCAGAGGAGGACGACGUCGAGCCAGAUACGAUUGAGGAUGACAGCGGCGACGAGGGGGUUUUAGGGCACGCUGUUGGAUUCGGAGCUAGAGAUGCGGAAGGGACUGCUGGUCUGACAGAGUUCCAGGUUGGUCAGCAAUUUCAGGAUAAAGAUGAGGCCCUAUUAAGUGUGAAGACUUACAGCAUCCGGCGAGGGGUACAGUACAAGGUGGUGGAGUCCGAUCACCGCCGGUAUGUGGGCAAGUGUUCCGAGUUUGGGAAUGGGUGCACAUGGUUGAUUCGACUGAGUCUCCGGAAGCGCAAGGGCAUUUGGGAGGUCAAACGGUACAAUGGACCUCACACUUGCCUGGCCACAUCCAUCUCGAGUGACCACAGGAGUUUGGAUUAUCAUGUGAUUUCGGUGUUCAUUAUGCCAAUGGUUAGGGCUGACGCAUCCGUGAGCAUAAAGGUGCUCCUGAACGCCACGGCAGCGCACUUUGGUUUUAGGCCGACUUACCGGAGGGUUUGGAUGGCAAAGCAGAAGGCUAUUGCCCUCAUCUACGGUGACUGGGAUGAGUCCUACAACGACAUACCUAGGUGGGUGUUGGGUGUCCAGCUGACGAUGCCUGGUAGUGUUGCGGUCCUUAAGACGAGCCCGGUUCGAGUUGGAGGACAGGAGGACGAGUCUCAAGCGUACUUCCACAGACUUUUCUGGACUUUCCCGCCGUGCAUCGAGGCAUUCCGUCAUUGCAAGCCGCUAGUCAGCAUUGACGGCACACAUCUGUAUGGGAAGUAUGGGGGAACGUUGCUCAUCGCGAUUGCACAGGACGGGAACUCCAACAUUCUACCUGUCGCAUUCGCACUAGUAGAGGGUGAGAAUGCGGAGUCCUGGACAUUCUUUCUCUCGCACCUUCGACAGCACAUGACCCCGCAGCCCGGUCUGCUGGUUAUAUCGGACAGGCACAACGGCAUCAAGGCUGCGCUUGAGGCCCCUGACGGCGGUUGGUUACCGCCAUCUGCGUUCCGUGCAUUCUGCAUACGACACGUAGCGGCUAAUGCAUCGCUGGGGCUGCUCGAAUCACCCCUAAUUCGAACCACCUUGGUUCGAUUUAUGAAGGAGCACUCCGAGGGUAAUUCGAACCAGGUUGGUUCGAAUUACAUGGUUUGGUUUCGAAUGAAUAAUUCGAGCUAG